CUCAUUCUAUCCGAUUCAUUACUUUGGAGACCCACUUCCUCUGUGCGUCUGUAGUAGCAAUUAAGAGACCUUUCGCCAGUUCUCUCUCUCUCUCUCUCUCUCUCUCUCGACAGUAGCCGAUCAUUCUCCAUUAUUUCCGACUUGCAAAUCUCUGAGAAUCGUAAUCGAUUGAAGUGCAUUUUGAGGUGAAAGAAAGAGAUAAUAACUUGAAGAAGAGCGCGAAGCUUUUUUGAUUUGGCUUCUUAUUUCUAUGUAAGCUUGCAGAUGCAGAUGCAGAUGGAUAGGUGGAUAGAACCGUCGAAUACUUUUUCCUAUCUUGUUUCUUUUCCCCAUAUCUGUUGAAUGACCUCUGUUUUCAUAUAAGAAAAUGGGAGUCGAGAAAGAAGGUUUGAAAAGUGGAGGAAGUUAUGUUGGGGGAUUUUUUCAGUUGUUUGAUUGGACUGCUAAAUCUCGAAAGAAAUUGUUUUCUAGCAAAUCGGACGUACAAGAGCGUUCCAGACAAGGGAAUAGAAGUGCUGGUAACUCGCCACUGACACAGGUUCAUCUGAUAGAUUUGGAUGAAUGUGGAGGAAGACAAAGUAUUAAAGGAAGCAGUGAUUAUAGUUGUUCUUCAUCUGUGACGGAAGAUGAAGGAUGCGGAGUUAAAGUCCCCGGGGUAGUUGCUAGGCUUAUGGGAUUAGAUUCGUUACCGUCAUCCCAUUUUUCAGACUCCUACUUUACCCCAGCAUUUGACACUCAAUCUCUUCAAGAACCUCACAGUCAUGGGGGAAGUUUCAAUUACCGCCACGACUGCCAAAUCAUGUUCUCUGGUAAUUUGCAUGAUCAAGUUGAUGAUCGACCACCUGCCCCUGCCAAGAAACCUUCCGAACCAAAACCUCAGAAGAUAAUGAGCAGGCCAAUAGAGAAGUUCCAAACAGAAAUCCUCCCUCCUAAAUCAGCAAAAUCAAUUCCAAUUACUCAUCAUAAGCUUUUGUCCCCUAUUAAGAGUCCUGCUUUCAUACCGAGUAAAAAUGCUGCUCACAUAAUGGAAGCUGCUGCGAAAAUAAUAGAUCCUGGACCUUCUGCAACUACCAAGAGUAGGAUCUCACUGAUUGGAUCUUCUUCAGCACCCUUGAAAUUUCAAGCUCCAAAAGAAAAGAUAGAUAUACCACAAAAACUGCCUCCAGUUAGGUCCUCUUCAGUUAGCUUAAAGGUCAAAGAGUUAAAAGAGAAAGCAGAAGUCUCUCAUACAUCAACCAGGUUUCUUGAAACUUCUAGAAAGCCUAUUGAAUCAAAUGCUUCCAGGCUUUUGAAGGGACAGUCUAUGAACAAAAGCUGGGAUGGCUCUCAAGAUUCAUCAUCAUUCAAGGUUUUACCUGAUGUGGAAUAUGGUUCUAAGAACAAAGGAAAAUCCAUAUCACUUGCAAUACAAGCAAAAGUUAAUGUACAAAAGAGAGAGAAUGUGAAUACCGAUAGUCAUAGAAAUUUUACUGGCCAGAAACAACACACUGAGACCAAGUCAAGCCAGCCCUUUAAGACGCCGGCAAGCACUAGGAAAAAUUUGCAUGUGCAAUCCUCUGUUAGCAAUAGUUCUUAUAACCAGCCACUCAAGCAGAACAACCAGAAACAAAACAGCAACAUUGACAGGGCAAAAUUAGCAUCAAAGAACUCAAUUUCCAGCUCUGAGGGCAAGAAACCACUAACUGGAGAUUCGUCUUUUGGACAUCGAAGAAAUACAGGAAGAGUCGUUGUUGGCUCAAAAGCUGGUGCUAGGAAAUCAAGUUUAGAAAUAUCUGACAGGGAAAAGGAAGUCUUGCAUUCUAAUACCAAGAAUCUUCGUAGGAAGAAACGGUCAAUAGAUAGGGAACAACGGUUUGACAAGAAACAGGCGACGGAUAAUAUGUUAACUGACAAAAUCCAGAUGUCGGUUCAUUCGAACAAUAUCGCUGACAGAUCUUCUAGUACUUUGGCUCAAGAAUGCAGAAAAAAGGGCACAGAUGUUGUUUCUUUUACAUUUACUACACCACUGACAAGGAAGGUGCCUGGAUCCGACUCCUCUGGAUUAGAUAGUUUGAGGUCAUCCUCAAUAGAAUGCAAUGCUAUUGGAGAAAAUGCCUUGAGUGCACUUUUAGAGCAGAAGCUAAGAGAAUUAAUCGAUAAGGUUGAGUCCCCUAGCCUCGGAUCUAUCGUUGGAGAAUCCGAGAGUUCUUGUUUAUCAACUUAUGAUCAUCUUUCACCCUCGCUUGAUACAUUCGAUACAAUGUCAUCAGAACCGAAUGAGAAUAACCAACACAGUUCCGUUUGCAGCAAGCUGGUUGGCCAAGACAGUUUUGAUUUCUCUUCAACUGAUUCUUCAUCACAAGGAUUAAAGCACGAAUCCCCGUUAGUACGUGGGAUUGAAGAGUGUAGUAGUAACAGUCAUGAUCCUGAUGCUGGGCAGUCUCUUAAAGUUCGACACCCCAGUCCCGUCUCCAUUCUUGAACAUUCCUUUUCUUCAGAAAGCUGUGACUCAUCAGAUAGUAACAGCAGAGAAGGUAACGGGCUUUGCUCUUCAGUCCAAGGCCAGGACGUUAUAGACAUAGGUUUCUCCAAGUUCAAUCGGGUGGAAGUUGAUACAGAGUUGCUAGAUUCUGCAACCUCCAUAACCGAUGAAACUCCAACAAGUAAGAUCACUUGUUCAUCUAUCUCGAGAGGUACAAAAGUACGCAUCGAAUGGGAAUUGGAAUACAUAAAGGAUAUACUCUGUGAUGUGGAGUUGAUGUUUAAGGACUACAUAUUGGGGCGUUCUCAUGAAGUUAUAAACCCUUAUCUAUUCAAUAUAUUAGAGAAUCAAAACAAAGGAUCAGAUCGAAGCCCUGGUGAGUCCCGGCUGAGACGGAAGGCAUUAUUCGAUUGCGUUUGUGAAUGUUUGGACUUAAGAUGUAGACAAUAUGUGGGUGGAGGGUAUAAAAUGUGGGAGAAAGGAGUGGGAGUUUUGAGAAGAAAAGAACUGCUAGCCAAAGAGAUUUGGAAGGAGGUUUCAGAUUGGAGAGGAAUGGGGGAUUGUAUGGUCGACGAACUGGUCGAUAAGGACAUGAGUUGCUGGUACGGAAGAUGGAUGUACUUUGAAGUCGAUGCUUUUACAAUCGGAAUCGAAAUCGAGACUCAAAUUCUGGAUUCUUUAGUUGAAGAAGUGCUUGCUGAUAUUGUGACUCCUUAAAAGAGCCAACCAACCAUAUUUUCCAGGUAUUCACUUUCCUCAUCUAAAUUAAAAUAUUGUAUCUUGUGAAGUAUAUUUCAGUUUGGAAUUCAAAUUAUUAUAUCAUUAUUCAAGGUUGUGCUCGAAUGCGAUUUUCGCUAAGUUAAACUCUUUAACACAAGCACAAAUAGGGAUGUAGAAUGAACCGUCCUUUGUAUACUUAAUCCAGCCAUCAUUAUUGGUAGUUUUUCGAGACCCACAGGGUACUCCAAUUUCACAUGUUAUUUUAGUUUCUUUGUAGUUGGGAAACAUCAUAGGCUUUAAAAUUUAUUGAGAAUGCAUAUGCUCUUUCCCCUGU